AUGUCUCUCUUCGGCAGCGUGGCCACGUCCACGACGACCACGUCGGCAGGCCAGACCAACACGACUGGGGAUAUCUCCAAAGAUGUGACUCUCAACCAGCCUCCCGAGGAUAGCAUCUCAGAUCUUCGUUUCUCGCCAGCGUCGGAGCACUUGGCUGUCGCAUCGUGGGACAAGAAGGUCCGCAUCUACGAGAUUAAUGAGCAGGGCCAGAGCGAGGGAAAGGCUCUUUUUGAACAUGAAGCCCCUGUGCUAAAUUGCUGCUGGUCUCCGGAUGGAAAACAAGUCGUUGGCGCCGGUGCAGACAAAGCUGCACGUAUGUUGGAUCUCGGCUCUGGGGGUACGACCGCUACUCAAGUCGCCGCUCAUGAUGCGCCAAUUCGAAGCUGUCACAUGGUCCCCCACACCAACUCGCCCCUUCUGAUCACCGGCUCAUGGGACAAGACGGUCAAAUACUGGGAUUUGCGACAACAAGCGCCGAUCGGGUCCGUGGAGUGUCAAGAACGUGUGUACACCAUGGACGUCAAGAACAAGCUGCUCGUGAUUGGUACCGCAGAUCGCUACAUCAACGUGAUCAAUCUCGACCAACCGACCAAAUUCUACAAAACCAUGCAAUCCCCUCUCAAGUGGCAGACGCGGGUAGUCAGCUGCUUUGCCGACGCCUCUGGGUUUGCCGUCGGCAGUAUCGAAGGUCGAUGCGCGAUUCAGUAUGUCGAGGAGAAAGACUCCGCCUCCAACUUCUCUUUCAAGUGUCAUCGUGAGAACCCCCCUGCCACCCGCGAUGUCUGCAACAUCUACUCUGUCAACUCGAUCCAAUUCCACCCCGUUCAUGGCACAUUCAGCACCGCCGGAAGUGACGGCACUUUCCACUUCUGGGACAAGGAUGCCAAGCACCGUUUGAAGGGCUACCCAGCUGUCGGUGGACCCAUUUCCAGCUCAGCCUUCAACCGCAAUGGAAAUAUCUUCGCCUACGCCGUCAGCUACGACUGGAGUAAGGGCUAUUCGGCGAAUACUCAACAAACCCCUAAUAAGGUCAUGCUGCACCCAGUUGGACCAGACGAGUGCAAACCUCGACCCGGCACUCGCAAGCGAUAG